AUGGUGAGCUUCGAUGUGGAGUCGUUGUUCACCAAUGUUCCAUUAAAAGAGUGUCUGGGCAUUGUCAAAACGAAGCUUAUAGAUAACGAACUUCCAGAAGAGUAUGUCACUUUGUUGGAGCACUGUCUAGAGGGAAACUAUUUCCUCUACCAAGGGCAGUUUUAUCUGCAAGUGGAUGGAGUGGCGAUGGGCAGUCCAGUUGCCCCCGUAAUUGCCAACAUAUGGAUGGAACACUUUGAAGAGUUGGCAUUACGUUCCGGACCGUCUGUAAUUACAAUGUGGAAGAGAUAUGUAGAUGACGUGUUCUGCAUUUUAAAGGGCAACGCCGACACAGUGGAGCAUUUCGUCGGCCAUUUAAACUCCAUCCACCCAAAGGUAAAGUUUACAUUUGAGAUGGAGUGCGAUAGAUCCUUACCCUUUCUGGAUGUAAAGUUAAGAGUGAAACCAGAUGGAACCCUGGCACACUCCGUGUACAGGAAGCCCACACACACUGACAGGUACCUACAAGCAUCUUCCCACCAUCAUCCGAGGCAUCUACAAUCCGUGGUCACAUCUCUGGUUAACAGAGCACGAGACUUAUGUGACGCGGAACACAUUGAUAAUGAGUUAGCCCAUGUUCAGGAAGUGCUAAAGAAAAAUGGGUACUUGCAGAAAAUCCCACGCACGACUAGGAAAAAAGAAAGACAUCCGGAGGUGUCUGUGCUCAGUGGUUGUGUUGCGGACGUGUACGCCGCAUGCUCUAGUGCAGUGAGUGUAGUGUUUGUGUGA